AUGGCGGCGCCCAUAGACGCCGUUUGAAGCGAGCAUGGAGGUGCCCGUGGCGUGCGUCAAAUCCAUCUCGCAGCGCCUGUCUCGAGUGGGGUGCGUCUUGGCCUACGGCGGCAGAAGACGGCCCUGCGCGCUCUACAGGCUCAGCAAUGCGAGGCACGCUCACGGAGCGCCCACGCUGGGCGAGCAUCACACCGAAGUGCUGCUCUCCAACGAUCAAACACUCAAGUUGUCGUCAGGGCAGCUGGCCAAGUUUGCCGAUGGCUCCGCCGUUGCGCAAAUUGGUGACACGUCGGUAAUGGUCACCGUGGUCAGCAAACACAAACCUUCCUCAUCGGCGUCUUUUCUACCUCUUGUGGUCGAUUACCGGCAAAAGGCUGCAGCAGCUGGCCGAAUACCAACAAACUUCCUGCGGAGAGAACUGGGUCCCACGGAAAAAGAAAUUCUGACGAGCAGAGUGAUUGAUCGAUCCCUGAGGCCACUAUUCCCUGCUGGCUAUUUCUAUGAUACACAGCUGGUUUGCAACUUGCUCGCCGUCGAUGGGGUAAAUGACCCUGACAUCGUGAGUCUCAAUGCAGCAUCGGCGGCGCUCUCGCUUUCUGACGUGCCUUGGAAUGGACCCAUCGGUGCUGUCCGUGUGGGGCUCAUCGAUGGUGACGUGGUGAUCAACCCAACACGGCGGCAGAUGACGCAGAGCGCGCUAAACCUCAUCGUCGCUGGCGCUGAGCAUAACCAGGUUGUCAUGCUCGAAGCGUCGGCAGACAAUGUGCUCCUGCAGGACUUCCAGAAAGCAGUCCGCUGCGGUGUGAAGGAGACGCAGCUCAUCAUUCGUCAGAUCAAGGAGUUCCAGAGUGCGUACGGCCGGCCGAAGCGCACUAUGGAGAGGCUGUUUGUUCCAUCGGCAGAGCUCGUCGAAGCGGCAAGACUGUUGGCUGGAAUUCGUGUGCGGGACAUACUGUCAGAUUCCAAUCACGACAAAGUUUCUCGAGAUGAGGCCUUGAGUGCUGUGAAAGAUGAUGUCAUUGAGAAGCUCCAGGAAAGCUUUCCAGGAACAGAAAGUUACCUGUUGAAUGAAGCCUUCACAUCUGUUGUCAAAGAAACCUUUCGGCAGCAGGUGCUUACAAACGAACAAAGGUUCGAUGGCCGCAGCUUGACAGAUCUACGUGACAUAUCUUGCCAGAUCGACUUGUUCCAGCCACUGCAUGGUUCGGCCCUAUUCCAACGAGGACAGACACAGGUUCUGUGCACCGUUGCAUUUGACUCUCUCCACUCGGUGCUUCGAUCGGAUCCGGUUUCGGUGAUCACCGGUGGGAUGAAGGAAAAGAACUUCAUGCUUCAUUAUGAGUUCCCAUCGUACGCGACCAACGAGAUCGGACGCACCGGGCCCAUUGGGAGGAGAGAGCUCGGCCACGGAGCGCUCGCCGAAAACGCUCUUCGACCGCUCGUUCCGAAAGACUUCCCAUUCACAAUCAGGCUGACCUCGGAGGUGCUCGAAUCGAAUGGGUCGUCGUCCAUGGCGAGCGUUUGCGGUGGGAGCCUUGCCCUGAUGGACGCCGGAGUGCCCAUCUCGGCAGCCGCGGCCGGCGUUGCCAUCGGCCUUGUCACUGUACCCGACCCGGAGUGCUCUUACGAGCUUGCUGACUACCGGCUACUCACGGACAUCUUGGGCAUUGAGGACUAUCUUGGUGACAUGGACUUCAAGAUGGCUGGUACGAAGAAAGGCAUCACCGCACUACAGGCCGACAUUAAGAUCCCUGGUCUUCCUCUCAAGGUGAUCAUGGAGGCAAUUCAGCAGGCUACAGAGGGAAAGUCGGAGAUCCUCAAGAUAAUGAACGACGUGAUCAGCAAGCCGAGGACACAAAAAAAAGACAAUUGGCCCGUGUCCGAGAGGUUGGAAGUUCCAGUUCACCAGCGGGCACGCCUAGUUGGUUUCGGAGGCCACAACCUGAAGAAGCUGACUGCUGAAACAGGUGUUCAGCUGUCGGCAAUCGACGACACGUGCUUUGAAAUGUUUGCGCCAAACCAGGACGCCAUGAAUGAGGCUAAGGAGAUGGUCGAGCAGUUCCUGAAGGAAGAGCGUGAGCCGACGCUAGAGUUUGGUGCAGUAUACACAGCCAAGAUAGUCGAGAUCAGGGAAUCUGGCGUGAUGGUGACGCUGUAUCCAACGAUGACGCCGACGCUUCUUCACAACUCUCAGCUCGACCAAAGGAAGGUUAGUCACCCAAGUGCCUUGGGUCUUGAAGAGGGCCAAGAGAUCACCGUCAAAUACUUUGGCCGGGACCCCGUGAGUGGCAAGAUACGUCUGUCUCGUAAGGUGCUGCAGACUCCUCCGUCGAGUGUCAUUCGAAACUUGUCUUGAAAAGAGGCAUGAUGGCCGGAAGCUGGUACUCAUACAUCCUUCGUGGCCAGUUUUGCUCGUGUUUCGGUGCAGCAGCCAUAUGCGCUGCUUGUACUCGUGUAAAUUGUUUCCUCAUGUCCCGAGGAAGACCAUUUGAUAUAUAGUUGUACAUAUCAUUGUCAUAGCCAAAAAAACAAACUGUAUAGGAAAUAAAAAUUGAUCCACAGUC